AUGGCCAAUGGGACAGACUACGCAGAAAAAUAUAGGCCUGCCUGCAUAAUCCAGAUAACUCUUUGGGACUGUCGUGCAUAUUUGCGUGUAGGUGUGUUCGAGGCCGUGCCUUUGUGUCCAGGCGCAGUACGGAUAAACAUACUGAAGAGGAUUCAUUGGAUAAAGGUCACUGAGGCGUUUUCUUCUGGCCCUCCAGUUUGGCUCGGUUUGAGUAUGUGUUUAGGAUUGAUUGUGCCUGAGGGCAAGUCGUCUGCGAUCCGAAGGCAUGCGAUUUGGGAUCUCUGGCGAGAUCAGCUUUUGUCCGGGCUAGUUCGUCAAGGCGAAGGGAACAGUGAAGUCUGGAGAGUCUGGCAUAAAGAGGAGGAUGACCGGUAA